AGAGGAAUAUAAUCGGGAAUACAAUGCUCACCUGCAAAUCAAAUUACUUCAAAUUAUCAGAAUUAAUGGCGGCUGCAGCGGCCGUACAAGUCGGCAAUCUUCCCUCCAAAUUUCAACGGUUUCUGCCAUCGGCGCCCAAAAUCGCUGCCCGAAUCAAGGCCAACCCUGCGCCGCUAUUCGUAUCAACGAAUCCAUCCGACGUGAAUCUGCAUCGGCUGAGAGAGCUGUACGCCGUCUGCGACCACUCCUGCCACCGCUUCCCCAAUACCGACGGCGAGGGCAGAGUGGAGCCAGUCGACGCGCUCAAGCUCAGCACCGCCCUUUCCCACAGCUCCGUCGUCGUCUCCGUCUUCACGAAUGCCGAAUCGGCCGGCGGUGAUUGGAUCAGAAAAGUGACGCCGAAAAAUGGGCGGCUGAUAGGGUUCGGCCGAGCGGUUUCCGAUUUGGGACUUACAGCCAGCAUCUAUGACGUCAUGGUUCACCCUUAUUAUCGCGGUAAGGGAAUUGGUCGGACGAUUGUUAAGAAGAUAGUAAGAAUGCUCAUUGGCAGAGACAUAUAUGAUAUAGCUGCCCUCUGCAAAGAUAGAGAAAGGCUGUUUUUCAGAGCAUGUGGAUUUGGAGACGAUAUGCUGGGAGCGACUACGAUGAUGUAUACUGCUGCUGCUGCUGCUUCUUCGGAGGAAGAGGAUAUGAUAGUUGCUGGCAGAAAGCUGCUUCUACUUCCUCCUCAAAGACAAUUUAAGCAGAAGUAGACACAUGUAUAUUCACAGGUAAAAUCAGGGAAGAUGAUAAUUUGUAAACCAUAUUAUGUUAAAUCCUCUAAA